UCUAAUUGUUGCUGUUUGAAGUAUGGUCACUUAGAUAUCCUGUUUAGGAUGGGGCUGUAUUGUCGCACCUUUGUUCUGAUAAGGGUCCCUGCCCCCAUUGACAAAGUGCGAACGACUGGGAGGGCCGCAACAAUAUAAGGGGGCCAGGGGAGUGUCAGAGGCACACUGUCUAUCUCUGGGUGACUUGUGCUACCGUGCUGCUCUUUAUCACACUGAAGUUUUGACUCAUGGAUUUCCUCCGCGCUUGUGUCCUGUGCGCCGCUCUCCUCGGUCUCUCCAAGGCUUUUACGCAUCAGGAUAUGAAGGACGCGCUCCUGCAGAAACUUGGGUUGGAUGAAGUUCCUAAAAUCCAUAAGAGGGAUUUGGAGAAUCUGGUUAUUCCGUCGCAUAUCAGAAAUAAAUACCUGUCCAUGCUGAAGAUGCACCACAGCAGGAGACGCAGAUCUCUGCCCAGCCUGGCGGGCAUCCUGAGGGGAAUCCCUGGUAAUGCAGAUAUUUCCGGGGAGUAUGUGUAUUCUGACACCACUCGGAAUCGCAUGGUGUUCGAAAUGGAGGCGAGGAUUCCGGAUAACAGCGAGGUGACCAUGGCGGAGCUGAAGCUCUACCAGCGGGCUUCCUAUCACAAACGCUUCGCGGUGGAGAGGAAGAGCCACCGGCCCGUCAACAACGCCCGGGUCAGCAUAUACUGGGUGGAGGUUCUGCCAAACGGAUCCAACCGGACAUCGCUGGUAGAUUCACGGUUGAUCCCCAUUCACGAGACAGGCUGGAAGAGCUUUGAUGUGACCCAGGCGGUGCACUAUUGGUCCAAGACGCAGCAGAAGACACCUAUGCACCUGGAGGUGUGGAUCGAGGGCGAGAGACCUGGCAGCUACGCAGCAGAGAUGGCCAAAAGUGUGCGCUUUACCACCCAGGAGCAGACGGACAACACCUUGGGAAAGCCCGAGCUCAUCCUCUACACACUCAACCUCGAAGAAUACGGUUCUCGUGGCGACUGCGAUCUCAACCAUAACAAAGACACCUGCUGCAGAGAGAAGUACUUCAUCAACUUCCGCGCCCUCACCUGGACACAGUACUGGAUCAUCGAGCCAGCGGGCUACCAAGCGUUCAGGUGCACCGGAGGAUGCAAGCAGCCCAAGCGCAACUACGGCUACGGGGAGAGGCGGUGCACGGUGUCUGAGAGUGCCCCGUUGCCCAUCAUGUAUCUGGUGAAGAAGGGGGACUACACUGAGAUAGAAGUGGCUGAAUUCCCUAAUAUGAUCGUAGAGAGGUGUGCCUGCACGAUGGACAACGUCUCCAUAGUAUGAAGUCAGCUUUUCUCCAUGGGGGUGUUGAUGUAUUUAAUGGUUUUAAACAACACGUCUAGUACUUUCUAUUUAAACAGACAUUUAUUGGGAGUUUCACACACACACACACAGCAGGCAGUCUGGCUGCCAUUGAACUCCUUCCACAAGCACUUUUAUAUAUUUUGUACAUUUUUGUAAAAAGAUCUUUUUUUUUAAAUUCGAAUUUGUGUGAGUUGUGUCGAAUCUGAAGCGAUCAUUCAAAUUCUGUCUGAUGUAUUAUAUUUUCAAGCUGUACAUAAUAUGGAUGAGUUUAUGUUUGGAAAAUAAAAUAUUUUGUUUCACUUUUUAAAAAAAAGUU